AUGGCAAGCCCUCUCACCGCCGGCUUUUGCCAGCUCGUUCACGCGUCUGAGGACUCUCCCGAGGGUGUCAAGCCCACGCUCCAGGUCCUCAACGUCAAGCGCAUCAACACCCCCAACAGCAGCGGCGCGGAUCGCUACCGCGUCAUCCUCUCCGAUGGCUCCUACUUUAUCCAGGCGAUGCUCGCAACCCAGCUCAACGACUUCGUCGAGGACAAUGAGCUCGACAAGAAUGUCGUGAUCAAGCUCACCAGCUUUGUCACCAACUCGAUUAACAACCGCAAGCUCAUCAUCAUCCUCGGCUUUGAGAUUGUUCCCUGGACUGGCGACAAGAUUGGUUCCCCAGUCAACCUUGACCCCGCUGAGGCCGCUGCCGCUGCGCCUGCGCCCGCCGCCGCCGCCGCUGCCCCGGUGGCGAACCGUGGCAACGCGUCCAACGCUCGCCAGCAGCCUGCCCCCAACCGCCCUCGUGCCGGUGGCAACCGCGACAUGGGUCCCAUCUUCCCCAUUGAAGGCCUGAGCCCGUACCAGAACAAGUGGACCAUCAAGGCCCGUGUGACCCAAAAGACCGACAUCAAGCACUGGUCCAACCAGCGCGGCGAGGGCAAGCUGUUUGCCGUCACGCUCAUGGACGAGACCGGUGAGAUUCGCGCCACGGGAUUCAACGACCAGGUCGACGCCUUUUACAAUGUUCUCGAGGAGGGCAAGGUCUUCUUCAUCUCGAGGGCCAGGAUCAACAUUGCCAAGAAGCAGUUCAGCAGCGUCAACAACGAGUACGAGAUUACCUUUGAGAGCGGAACCGAGAUUGAGCCAGUCAAGUACACCUUCAAGAGCAUUGGCGACCUUGCCGAUGUCCCUAAGGACGCCAACACCGACGUCAUCGGUGUCGUUAAGGAGGUUCACGAGCUCACCUCGAUCACUUCGAAGGCUACCCAGAAGCCGUUCGCCAAGCGCGACAUUCUGCUCGUCGACCAGUCCGGCCAGAGUGUCCGCCUCACCCUCUGGGGUAAGACUGCCGAGACGUUCAGCCACGCGGACGAGCCUGUGAUCGCGUUCAAGGGCGUCAAGGUCAGCGACUUUGGUGGCCGCUCUCUUUCCAUGUUCAGCUCGGCCACCAUGUCUGUCAACCCUGACAUUCCCGAGGCCCACUCCCUGCGCGGCUGGUACGAUGCCGAGGGCCGUAACAAGUCGUUCACCGCCUACAACAACUCGUUGGCUGGCACCGGCUCGGCUACCGUCAAGCCCUCGGAGAUCAAGACCAUUGGCCAGGCCAAGGACGAGCAGCUUGGUAUGAGCGACAAGACCGACUACUUUACGACCACUGCCACCAUCAUGUUUAUCAAGUCGGAGACAUUCUCGUACCCUGCAUGUGCCAACAAGGAGGGCUGCAACAAAAAGGUCAUUGACGAGGGUGGCAGUUGGCGUUGCGAGAAGUGCGACCGCAGUUGGCCUGAGCCCAUCCACCGCUACAUUCUCUCGAUGAACGUCAUGGACCACACUGGCUCGUUCUGGAUCACGGCGUUCAACGAGGUCGCGGACCAGAUCAUGGGCGUGACCGCCAACGACCUGAUGAGGAUGAAGGAGGAGGGCGACCCCGCACUCGACAAGUACUUUACCAAGGCGGCUGCCAAGACCUGGAGCUUCCAGAUGAUGGCCAAGCAGGACACGUUCAACGACCAGGUCCGCGUGCGCUACCAGUGCCGUCGUAUCAGCGCCAUCGAUUACCCCGCCGACAGCGCCCACCUCAUCCAGCAAAUCAACGCUAUGUCCCUGUAG